AAUGCAAAAUGCCAUUGCCACCACCGAUCACACUCACACCCACCAACUGAUACCCAUCACCUUCCUCUCCCUCCCAAUUCCCAAACCAACCCAACCCAACCCUUCUCCCUUUUUUUCCUUUUUCUAAAAUUCUUAUAAAAUAUAUAAACCAUCCACUGAGGUUGAGGGUAAGGGAAAGGGUUGAGGAUGAGGGUUUCGGGAUCGGUGAUCAUCUUCGCCGUCUUGCUUUGUGGGACCCUUUCCUCCACCGCUCAAUCGCAUAGUCUUUCUCCCUCCUCCGCCGUCUGUCCCGUAGAUACCCCUCUCGAUUUCAUCCUAGGGUUUCCCGAUUGGACCCAACCCCUUCCCGAUUCUGUUGGAUCCAUCGCCGUCACCGAGGGAGAUGAGGUUUCUUUGCAGAAGGCACUGCAUAUGGUUCACAAGAAUGAUCACGAGUAUGUGGCUGUGCUCUUCUAUGCAUCUUGGUGCCCUUUCUCUCGGAUAUUUAGACCAAUUUUCUCUGUCCUCUCUUCCCUGUAUCCUUCCAUUCCUCAUUUUGCUAUUGAGGAAUCAUCUGUUAGGCCAAGCAUACUAUCCAAAUAUGGUGUCCAUGGUUUCCCUACACUGUUCAUUUUGAAUUCUACCAUGCGUGUUAGAUAUCAUGGAUCUCGAAAACUUGACUCGCUCAUUGUUUUCUACAGUGAUGUUACUGGGAUUAGGAUUGCUUCAUCUAAUCAACUAUCACUUGUGAAAAUUGGGCAUCCAUCAGCUACCGAGAAUCAUGGUAACACUGAGCCAGAAAGUUGUCCAUUCUCAUGGGCUAGAUCUCCAGAAAAUUUACUGCGUCAGGAAACUUAUUUGGCUCUGGCCACUACAUUUGUGGUUUUGAGGUUACUAUACUUAUUUUUUCCUACACUGCGUAUAUGUAUUCAAUAUGUUUGGAGAAGGAUCAUCCAAAAUGUUAGAAUAGGGAGCUUGCUGGAACAUCCUUUGGUUUAUUUGAAGCGAAUAAUACAGUCAUUUAACUAUCUGAAAGAGCCAUGCAAGAGAAGUAAUCUUCAGGAAGGAGCAAUGAAUGCUAAAGCAUGGGCUUCCAAGUCCCUUGCAACUGUUUCAAUUGGAGAAGAAAGCAGCGGCCGGGGGAUGCACCAGUGAGUUUCCUGUCCCAAGCAGUUAUCCCUCAUGAAAUUGGAGAUCUGAAUAUACCUCGUGAAAGGCUUGGCUGCAAGUUAUGCCAUGUACUUUUAUGCCAGGAUCAUCUUCACACCCUUGGGCUUCAUGUUAGUGAGGUCAAUUAUGUUACUGAAUGAUGUAAUCGUCCCUUAUAUGUCCAUAUGAUCAAGAAAUACUUCAUUCAGCGUUCUAGAGGAUUGAGACUUCAAUGUGUAUAGUUUAAAUGUAGCAGACUCGAGCUGAAAUCUGUAAUUCUUUGACUUGUAGGUUUACUUGAAGGUCAAAUCUUUGAUCAUCAGUUCAUAAAUUUAUUUUUGUUGGGAAUGAAAUGAUUGUAAAUCCCGCUUAAACACAUUGGAUGCCAUGUUCGUGUACUCGAUGCAUGGUUAUUUGUAAAAGUUCAAAAAGAAUAAGAUGGUGAUAAUCUGAUUAAAAUGU